GGGAGAGAUCCGGCUACAGGAAACGCCUCUUUGCUCUCGGCGGACGAAGAAAUUAAGAACGGUGGUUAAAGAAACAAGUAGGCAACAACUGGUGUUUGAGCUACCAUGGCUGAUUAUACAAAGACAGACAGUUACUUAAGGCUUAAAGAAGCCAAGGAAAAGAGGUUCCAACGAGCUCUAAAACGCAAAAACUCUGAUACUGAUGUUUCAGCUAUCCCGGAUGAUAAUUGGGUAGGCAGAUAUUUCAUUGACUUAAUUUGUAGAGUUGGAUAUCAUAGAAGUGAAAUUAUAUAUUCAAGAUCUGAAAUCAAGGGACCAUCAAUAGAUUUACGGUCUUCACUUGAGAUGCUUUUCCAAGAAGCAGCAUGUGAUACAUAUAACUGGACGGAUGCCAAGAGAGGGUACGAUGACAGGAGGUCUUUCCGUGCGUUACUUUGGCAGUUAGCACCGUCUGGCCUGGAAAAGUAUGAGGAUAAUGACAUCAAUAUUGGUUACCAGCCAAAUACAUUGUCGUAUAGUGAGGCAUCGCCAGGUAAAUACAAUGACGGAAGCUUGUCAUUCUCGAAACUUUGUCACUAUGCCGGACGCUUGUUGUUGGAGAAAAUUUUAGAGGAUCUGGAUAGAGCAAAUAAAUGCUUUCACAGAUGCUUGUCGUUGGAGGAACUUAUGCAAAGGAUUCGUUCAGAAUCUGGCGAUGAUUUCAGGCGAGAGCAGGCUGCGUUGUUGGAGUCUUUCCUUCAUCACCUCAUCAAGAUACAGCUGGAGCAGCGGUUUGUUGCAAAUAGUUUCUCUGUGCAUCUGGACCAAUUGAGAAUGUCUGCAUUUUCCAAUCCUGCUGAUGAUGAUGGAGAUAUGUGUCCUAUUAUCCUUCCCAAGCGCACCAUGGACUACUGUAUUUGGCGACAAAAGCACAUAUUCGAUAGUCUAUGUACCAUGUCCCGUGAAUCGGUUUGGUUGCUGAAGACACUCAAGGAUUCCCCUUUUUCUAGUCCCUCAUCUAUCAAGGAGUCCAACAUGAUUCUUGACCUCAUCUUGGCUUUUAUUUCAAAGUUCAAGAAAUCAAAGAGUACAGCGAAGACAAUGAGUUCUAGCUGUUGUUUUCCCUCUUGAAAUAUAUAUACGGUUGACUACAAGACAUAAGAUAAAUGUUGCUGCUGUGCUCAUAAUGAAGGCUGGUUGGAACUGCGAUCCCAAAACUAAGUCGAUGUGCUUUAGGUGUGAGGCUGAUAUUAUACAACCAGAAUUUCAUUAUUUAGACUUGAGAGCUAAACUUAUGUACAAAUAGUCUAUGGCGUCCACAUCUGUUAAACCUGCAGAUUCAUCUCAAAGCCAUUGCAUCUGUUAAACCAUCCAGCUCCAUUCUCACCGUCAAGACCAUCUAACAUCGCCUGUUCCUUCUCAAUUGAGCAUCAACACUUCGCAGUGCCAAAAACUCAUCACUGCCAUCAGACUCCAUCUCAAUGAAACCACAGCAAACUCCAAUUCCUGUUGAUGAUGUUGAUUUGCAUCUGUAAUACAACCAAUAACCAUCUCAAUUCAAACCAUUCUUCUUCUCCAUCAUUUAAGAGCAUAUAUAGGGAAGGGACAAUGAUCAAGGCUCUAAACAUGAAGUUCGAUGAAGUGAAACAAGAUCUAAGUAAUCAAUGGAAGCUCACUGGUCAUGUCCAAUUCAUUCCAUGGGUGAAAGGCUAUUUUAUCAUUAAACUUUGCAAUGAGAUAGAUAGAAAGAUCGUGAGCUAUGAAGGUCCUUGGAAGUUGAAGACACAGCAACUCAAAAGUCCUCCCAUGGACUCCCUUGUUCAAUCCAGAAUCUGAGAAGGUCACAAGAGCUGCUGUUUAGGUACGUUUUCCACACCUUCACCUGGAAUAUUGGGAGGAAGAAAUCCUUUUUCGAAUAGCUAGAGGCCUUGGUAAACCAGUUGUUGUUGACCCAAGAACUCUGAAACAUGAAUUCGGGUACUUUGCGGCUGUUCUUAUCGAUAUUGACUUCUCCAAACCGCUUGAAAGCAUUAUCAUUGAUGAUGAAGAACUUCCGACAGGCUUCUAUAUUGAUUAUGAGAUAUACAACCAACCAGAAUUUUGCGAACAUUGUAAAACAAUCGGUCAUGUUGAAGGAAACUGUAGGAACAAGAAGUAUAACGAUCUGAAGAAGCAGUACGACUUCGAAACCGAUCAAGGGAAGAAAACAGCUCUGAAAAUGAAGUUAGAUGAUCUCAGAAAUAUUUGGAAGAAGAGGGAGUUCACCGGAAGGGUUAGCAGGGAAGGCAAGUCUGAUGAUACAGCAGCAAAACCAAUUGGAGGAGCAGCGUCUCAGGGAGUUCAUUCUAUCAUUCCCAGCACCUCAAGCAGUGAAGAUGAUCAUGUAAGUCAUGAUGAUCAGUUCGAACAGGAAGGUCAUCAAGAACACCAAAAUCAGAGUCAAACUACAGCUGGAGUGGUCGACAUCAAUAGAUCAGAGCAUGCUGAGAGUAUUGUUGUUCGUCCAGACGAUGUUGACAAUGCUACUAGACCUGCUGGAGUGGUCGUUAUCCAACUGACUAACUCUGCAGUUGAUGUGGACACACCAAUGCUUGGAAUGUCUCUCUCCGAGGAGGCCAAGUCCAACAGCUCUAAACAUGUAGAGUCAUUGUCAGAGGGAAUCAAGCCUGACGAGUCUGACGAGACAUUGUCACAAGGGACCAAGCCUGACGAGUCACUUUCAGGGGGACAAUUCUAGUUGAUUUGACUAAGGAGAAUCCGAACUUGGAUAAGAAACAACAAGAUUUUCUAAUCUCCUACAACAACAAGAAAAGGAUAGCAGAUGACUUGGCUAGAGCCGAACUAGAUCUGACUUUGGAUAAGCUUCAAACUAUGAGGGACCGCACCCAACAGAAUAACAAACAAGCUGAAGGUUCUGGCAAAGACGAUGGGACAAAUGUUACAACCAAUGAGGCUACUACUACCAUCCAGUGCAAGAGCAACAUCGUAGUGGAGGAAACUAAUAAACUCGAAUGGAUGGCUGCCAAAGAUGAGGAAGAUCGCCUGAAAAAGGAACAAGCAGCGAAGAAGAAGGACGAGCUUAUGGCAGGCAAGAAGGCUCCGAAGAAAACACCAAAAAAGAAGAAACAACAAGCUAAGGCUGUCCAAGAAGAUAACAAGGGUCCAGCAAGCCCUUAUGAUAAUUUGAUUACUUAAUGUCUGUAGUUUGGUCUUGCAGGCCUGUCUGUUGUCUUUUGUCCUCUUCGUUUUUUCUGUAGUAAGGCCGUCUCUCUGUAGGACUGGCAUCUUGUUUUUUCGCUUCAUGUAGGCUCUUUUGCGUUUGGCUAAAGGCUAAAGAGACCUAUCCCUUUGUGUUUGUGCUUUUUAUUCAAUCCAUUCUUUGUCCGAGUAAAAAAAAAA